GGUAGUAAUUAUCAAAACUAGCGAAACACUCCAUACUAAAGAAAUCUUGAAGCAGAGCUUACUGAGAGGAACUUGUCUUCCAGUAAUGGCUUCUCUUCAGUACCCUGGAUUCAGAGAAAAACUUGGCUGUCAGUUCAGGUGCCAUUUGUGAAAAAUUAGGAAGAACAGAUGACUGAACCCUUGCGCUCUCACUUUCAAGACUUUCAUAUAUGUCCUUGCUCCUUGCCUUUGGUAACAGAAGAUUUAUUUACUUCUAUAGAGAAGUCUGUGUUUGUUCCUAUUAUUAGUGGUGGAAGUUUUUGCAUUUGGAGAGUGCCUUUCCUGAUUCAGCCCCUCCUUUUUCAAAAUGAAGAGGUACAUCUGGGUAUUUGUGGCAACAUUACUUUGUCAGCAGCUUUGCCUCUUCAGAGUGAUGGCAGGAAAGAAAGAGAGAAAGAUGAAGAAAGAACCUAAUCAGUAUACAGAGCCUUUCAAUAUUACCCUGUCAAACAGUGAAGAACUGCAUGGGCAUCCCAAGAUUCUAGAAUCUCCAGAUCCUCGAAUUACAGAUCCACGACGUACCUGGAUCUCCUUUGUUCACCGCCCGGAUGAUGGCAACACCUCCAAAAGGAGAUGCAAAGGGAAAGACAAGAAAUUACGUGGCCUUGUUGGGCCGCCGGGACCUCCUGGCCCCCAGGGACCUCCAGGAGCACCUGGUGCAGAAGUCACCCGGGAAGUCCUUCUGCAGGAGUUUAAGGAUAUAUUAAAAGAAGCCAUUGAGCGGCGGACAUCCCUGGCUAUUUCAGCCCAUCCUAGCCAGCUACCUCCACUCCUACUCUCUUUGGAAGAGGUUUCACCCCACAGACGCAUAGAGGAGGCAUUUCACUGCAAGCUAAAAGGACAAGUUGUUGUAGAUAAGAAGACCUUGGUAGAACUUCAGAACUUCCAGUCGCCUCUGGCUAAAGGAGCUUUUCUCCGGGGGACAGGCUUAAAUCUGGCAACCGGACGUUUCACAGCACCUGUGUCUGGCAUCUACCAGUUUUCAGCCAACAUCCACAUCGACCACAGUGAGUUGAAGAGUAAAGUCCAGCUCCGAGCAAGAGACAAUGUCCGAGUGUUGAUCUGCAUUGAAUCUCUCUGCCACCGCUACCUGUCUUUGGAAGUCAUCGCUGGUCUGGAAAGUAACAGCAAAAUCUUCACUGUCUAUGUGCAUGGCUUACUGCAACUGCAGGCUGGUCAGUACACCUCCAUAUUUGUGGACAACAGUGCAGGAGCUCCCAUCACUAUUCAGAAUGGAUCAGAUUUCAUGGGCAUGUUAAUGGGUGUGUAACAUCAACAUCUGCAGCAGUGUAACAGGGAAGAAUAUGAAUCAGAGCCUUGCAGUAUAUGUAUGACUUAAGAAAUGUUUACUUUGACCCUUGAGGACUGCUUCCUAUAACUCGUUGGCAUCUUUUUAAAUGCAAUGAAGAGGCUUUUCUUUUGCAGACACUUCAGCUUGCUUUCAGGGGUUUUUCAAGGUGCACACCAAUUCAUCAUAAAAAUAUAUUUUUAUAAUUCAGAAACAAAUGCUAUACUAUUCAACUUGUGCUUCACCAGAUGCUCACUGAACAAUACACUGAAGUUUGGAAUUUGUUGCUUUAUAACUUUGUCACAAUAACACUGGUAAUCAGUAUGUCUUUGGCAUUUAUUUUUGAGGUGUUUGAGUUUGUAAAUGAAGGAUUCAGAGGUAAAGUAAAGCAGUGGCUAUAUUCUCUGUGUUGUGGAGGAAGAGGACAAGCAUUUGCCAGCAAAACUGUUUUUUCAUAUAAUUGGAAAAGGUAUAGGCACUCUGUCUUACUCAAACUUGGAUAUACCUGGCAAGAGGCACAUUGGGUACUCAGACAAUGCCCACUUUGCAGGUGUGAAUGUAAGGCCUGAACUCUUUAAUUGUCGUCGUUUGCAUCUAAAUAUUUCCUUGAUCUAUUGAUGAAACUGGACACUUUGCCUGCAUAGUUUUGUUUAUGAAGGGCUAAGAUCAACCAGGCAAGAGCACCAAUUCCAGCAUGAUCAACAUGUAUUCUUAUGUUUUAAUAAGAUGUAAAUUUGGUUUUGGUUAUAUAUUCAUUUUAAAAUGUGUUAAAUUACGCUAGAACCAAAAGGCAGACAAAGCAAGACUAGUAGCCUUAGAUCAGAUAUGGCACCUGUUUAUGGUGCUUGUUUGACUGCAUAGAAAUAAUGAACGAAAACCUCAGAAAAGACUUACUUCCACUGGGUGACCAGGGUCAUAUAAAGUCUAUGUGAGCUGUAUUUGGAGAUUGUAAGUGCUGUCAAAGACCUUCUGAAAGCCAACUUGAAGGUAGUGACUGUGUUCUGGGUUUGUAUAAGUCUCAGUUUGCAAAAUUGAUCCUCAAAAGCAGCUUUCCAUGUAACACCAGACUAUAAACUCAUCUUAACAAAGUCAAAAGAUAUUGACACUUCAUGUGUCAGCCAGAAUGUUGCCCAAGAUGUGGUUAACAACUGAGUAAUAAAAAAAGAAGAAGAAAAAAAAAGAAAAAUACCCACCUACACCCAUUUCAUGUACCUCUAUAGUUUUCCCCCUGUUGAUUCAAUUUAGCUAAGGAAAUGUCUGGAUAACAAUCUAACAGAUAGAUAGCAGCAAGACCAAAAGUGGAGUCCAGAUAUUUGAUCCUGAAUGUCCAUGGUGAAUAGGAGAUAUCCAUUGUACAAUGUUGUAAUUUUUGAUGAUCUGCUGCAAUAUCUUCAUACAAUGAAAACAGAGACUGCUGGGGACGCCAGGAGGCAUGCAAGGUUGUCAUCUAUUGCUGUGUUUGUAAGUCAGGAUGAUCAGUAUAUGCUGUUUUGACAACCUCCAGUAAUAUUGCUAUUGAGGUGGGUGCACAAACAUACCUUAUUUCAAGAGCUGUGGGAAAAUCUGCUGAAACUGCUUUUUUCAUCUCCAUUCUCAAUACUUGGAGACAGAUCAGCAAAGGGAAAAUACUGUUUAGUUCUCCCUUGAAGAAUGUAUUGCAGUGGUACCUAAUGAAAAAGAGGAGAGAGUAGCAGGAGUAAUCUAAUAGUGCUAUUCUAUACACAGGUAAAUUCAUCCUUCUAGUCAAUGGAAUGAAAUUGUUUGAACUACAUCUGUGUCACUGUCUAAAAUACAGGAGCUGUCAAGGUGUAUGUUACCCUGAAUUAUUUCUAGCUUCACAAUACAUGUUAGCAAUUCUUUUUUCUUUUUCUUUUUCUUUUUUUUUUUUUUUUUUUUUGUAAUAUAAUUUGGGAAGAAUGCACUUCUAAAUACAGGCUGUGGUACUCCCCUGGCAGAUGGAAUCCACACCUAUGGAAAGGCAUAGCAAGUAGCCACACUAUUGAUUUUGGAGCUUUGGAAAGCACAAAACACAUAUGAAUAUCGCUAACCCUAUCAACAAAGGUUGGCUGUUUACGUUGGGUUUUGAUGGAAUAGAUGUAGUCAGGGCAAGGGCCCUAUAUCCCAACAUGUAUUACUCUACUGUACUUUAUAUUGUGUGAAUAUUUGUAAUAAAUUGGGCUGUUUCAUAUAUGACUUACAGCAACAAAAUCAGUGUGUUGUGACAUUCAAUGUAUAUUGUUACACCU